UGGUGUUGGAAUACCCAGAUCCUGGAGCUUGACAUUAUGCCAGCUUCGCUGCCGCCUUGUGUGUUGCUAUCGCUCGACGUAUUACUGGGAUUACCUCAUCUCGCCACCUUUCCCGAUCCUUCUCAGUCAUGUCUGAACUCCAUAGUCUACCUACGGCAUUAUACGGGACACCCUCGAAAAGACGACAUAAUACGGAGAAUACGUCAUCAACAACGGAAAUUUUGUCCAGUAGGGCUGCACAUGCCGUGCUAUACUUAGCAAUGUUCAGUAUUAUAAUCUGUGAUCCAUAGAUGACUCCGUCUACAAGGUCUAUACUAGUAGGCCUCACUAACCACAAUAUGCCGGCAUUCUCCAGCAUACGAGACAUACACCAAAGAAGAUUCGCCGGUGACCUCACUGAGGAUAGUGUUAAGCACCUGAACGUGGACAACGGCAUCGAGUGGAAGACAUGAUCCACAUCAUCAGUGGCCCAGAUAAUUGGAUCAGUAUCCUCACGCAGAUAGCAGAAGGUCUCCAGAUGAGUACUGCGGACUAUCGAGAGGCAAGCACUCUUGCUUAUGCGGCCCCGGAGGUGUAAAGUACUCAACCUCGGCAUCAGGGGAAUGGAUAGCACUCGAAGAUCGGGGUCGCAACGCAGAUUGAGGACGAGAAGAGAGUGCUUAUUUCUCUUCAUCAAAGCAUCCAGUGACUUCAUAGUCGACUCCGCCUUCAAUGUACCUCUCCGCUGUAUAGAGUUAUCCUUGGGACUACAAAUGAGAUCCAACCUAGUAAGACCCGAGAACAUCGUUGAGAUGCUCAUAGCAAGGUCAGCGGAACCCAUCCGUCUAGCAUUGAACUUCAAGAAGAGCUCCGAAACGAGAGUUAACCGUUCCAAGCCAUCGAUCAGACACUCUGCCUCCGUAGUCUUAUCAACAUAGUAAUCCAGGUAGAUCCUCACCCUCCGAACACUCGACGUGUCAAUGGAAUAGAGUAUGCUCUGACAGCAAUGUGCGAGUCCUAGACUGACAUUUCCGACUUUAAGUAAACCAUCACGAUUCAAUCGAUU